UGGCUGCAUGGGAAGUGUCACAUGCCCUGUGAAAGGGACUGCGUGGGAAGUGCCACAAACAAUAUAGGCAAGCGAGCACUCUUCUUGGGAGGGGAGGGGGGAUGAAAAUUUUGACAACAUGACGAGAAGAAUGAGACGGAAGAGGAGGCGGGGGAGGAAGUGGAGGAGGACGAAGAGGAGCCCGCGACGAUGGACGAGGAGGAGGAGGAGGAGGAGGAGGAGAAGGAGGAGGAACAAGAGCCUAUGGCGAUGGAGGACGAGAAGGAAGAAAAAGAGGAGGAGGAGGAGGCGGUAGAGGAGGAAGAGGAGGAGGAGGAGGAGGAGGAGGAGGAGGAGGAGGAGGUGGAGGAGGAAGAGGAGGAGGAGGAGGACGACGAAGAGGAGGAAGAGGGCACAACGACGAAGAUGGAAGAGGAGGAGGAGGAGGAGGAGGAGGAGGAAGAAGAAGAAGAGGAGGAUAACCAAGACGAGAACAAAGAGGAGGAGGUGGAGGAGCAGAAGGACGAUGAGAACAUGGCGAGGAGGAAGAGGAAGAGGAGGAGGAGGAGGAGGAAAAAGAGGAGGAACAAAGGAAGGAGGAAGAAGAAAAAGAGGAGACCGAAGUGCGAAAGGGAAAAAACGAGGAGGGGGAGGAGAAGAGUAGAGACGGAAGGAGGAGGAGGAGGAGGAGAAGGUGCCUAACCUGGCACUAAGUGGCGAUAGCACGUGUGGAUGGGCUGGACAGUGUCUGAGUUUGACAACGGCAACACCGAGGU